AGCGACUGCAGCCAGCGGUGCAGGAGGCGACCUGAGCGGUGAGCGGCCAGUCAGCCAGCCACGCGCAGCUCUCUGUUGCCAUGGAUGCCUGUGCCCGUAUCAGAGGAGUCCCCUUAAGGUCCAGGGCUUCAGUCCGGAAAGAGACGGUGCGUGACGGUGGGCCUCAGUCUGUGAAGAGCCUCUUUAGGAAUAAGAAGGAGCUGUGCAGCAUCGGCCUAGAGCUGCCAACCAGAGAGGCCACGAGGCUGACAGAGAUCCAUUUCGUGUGUCUGCCUGGUCAAUGUGAAGGGGAUGAUGUCACCCAACAGGCUCUGUUUUCUAUGCCAGGAGGGCUGUGUGAGCUUCUGAGGUCCCUCCACGUCCACAGCCUCAAAAAUGAGGAGGUUCUGCUGCUCAAAGACUCCCGCAGGCUGGCAGAGCAGAGGGACGCUGGGCCUCAGUGUUGGAUAAAGGCCGUGUGUGUGCUGAGGCAUAACCCCAGCACCAGUGUCUACCCUCAAGCCAGUGUAGCAUCUUUGGUGGGCUUGCUCGGGUGCUACAUGGCAGGCGUGCGCUAUGCUCUGGAGCUGCAGGCUCUGCAGAGGGGCACAGCUGAGCCCAGUCAGCCGGAGGAAGACGACACCAACCAGUCGGUCUCAUCAAUCGAGGAUGACUUUGUCACAGCGCUGGAGCAUCUGGAGGAGGAUGACACAGGAGACAAUCCCUCUGCAGCUUCCUAUCGCCCUUUUAAAAAGCGUGAUGUGGCCUCGCAGACGGUCCCAGCCCACAAGAGGAAAAAGGAAUUAUCAGGCGCCCGCAUUAUCAUAGGCUCCUCCUCGAAGAAGAAUUUAGGCAAACAAGGGUCUGGUCCAGAUGUAUCCGUCACAGUGCAGAAGUCGUCAUGCGUGGAAUCUCAAUGGACGUACUGCAGUCCCGGAGCUCGUAUCCCAUCGCCUUUGAUUAAUGUCAGUGAUUCUGAAGACUCCGACUGCUCCAGCCCCAGCCCAAUCAUAUUCCUGGAUGAGGUGGGCUACCAGAAGAGCCUGCUGGCCAAGCUGGACAUCCCCCAGGUGCCAGGGGGGCCCAGAGAGCGAGUUGAAGACUCAGACUCUGAAGUCAGUGAAUUCUUUGACAGCUUUGACCAGUUCGAUGACCUGGAGGAGCUGAGCUCAGACAACACCCUCGCACUGCCUCUGGACACCGUCGGUGCCCCAACCAAACAGAACCAAACCACUGGGUCAACAUCCAAAUAUGUUUCCAGGGGCUGCUCAACCAAGGGAAUGAAUCCUCACCGCUUUGACCAUCCCACUCUCCCAGCCAAUGUGAAGAAGCCCACUCCUCUGAAACCAGGCUCUCCCUACUCACUUCACUCUGAGGUGCCCGACUCCCCUCGACCAGUGCAGACCCCCUCUGAUGAGAACGGUGGCCCACUCUUUAGUCCCGUCAGCUCCUCAGCCUUCAGCCUGGUGGACUCUAGCGGACCGCUGGAAUACUUCUGGAAGGCAGAUGAGGACGGACCGGAUAGCUCAGAGCUACGUAAGCCCCAGGAUCUCUGCUCGCUGUAUAAGACCUACUCCGACUUUGCGAGCAGUCUCUCCAAAGAAAUUCUGGGAUCUGUGUGUGGCUACCAAUCCGCUGUUGACAUCAGUGACAACAAGAAUCUCAGCUGCGUCUGCCACAAGGAGUUCCAGAACCCAUCGGGCUACCUGAUGAAGCUCUCAGAAAUACAAGAGACUGUAACCGUGGCAACACUGCAGAAGAAGUCCCAGUCCCUGAAGGAUGGCAUUCAGAGGUUUGCCACCGACCUGGUGGAGAUGAGCUUGGGCAGCGCCUUGCGUGACCUCCAGAAAGGUGUAUCCUCCUGUACCACCACCUUGUGUCACCUAGCUGCCCGGCUCACCACCUCAGUGUUUCAAAUGGCCUUCCAUGAGAUUGGCAUGCGCCAGGCCUAUGUGCUAAAGGAACGAGCAAUCAACGGAUUAGCUGGCUUCCUGGUCGGAGAGGCUGUGUCUGGGGCGCUGAAAGAGUUCCUGACAGUGAAAAAGCAGAUUUUCCACAACACUGUGACACGUUUUGCUACUGAUCUGGCUGAAGAGCUUGUGUUUGAAGGCAUCAUGGAAGUGUGUCAGUUCUCCCACCCUUCAACCCCUCUCACCCCGAGUGAUUGGUCCUUUGGCCACGACGGGCAAGAGGAGGAGGAGGAGGAAGAGGAGGAGGAGGUGGUGUCCUCCUAUGCUUCAGACUUGUCCGAGUCUGUCAUCCAAGAGGCCUUCAUAGAGCUGUCUCAGGCUGAUGUUGCCUUCACUAGCCAAGCAGCUAUAAGUGUGUCUCUGGACAACAUCUGUUACGUCAGUGCAGAGAACAGUGGUGCUCAAACCUGCAGUACCUUUGCUAACCAGCAGGUUCUAAGUGCCAGCUCAGCUUCAGCGGUUCCUGGGCCCUCAGGAGAAGAUGAUACCUGCACGGUGAAGAAAGCCCUGUUUACCGUAUCGGGCAUGGCCAGCUGUAUUCCUGUUCCCCAAGCAGGCCAAGCCCUGACCCACCUCCAGGAUUCUGAGGAGACCUGUCAGUAUACGUCUAGCUUGUCAGAUGUCCCACAGGCCAGCCCCACAAGAGUAACUGAAUCUUCCUCCGACACCACCACAUCUACCCAAACUCACCUUUACAGUCAUGGAACGCAGACCCCCACACCUGGAGAAGACCCCUCCCAAGGAAAGUCUCCAUUCCAAAACUUCUCUGGCAACAUGGUGGAUCUGAUAGUAACUGAGGCUUGUGAGCUAAUAACUGCAUCUAAGAUGAAGAAGAGUUUUGGUGACUGUGCUGAUUUCUUUACAAAGACAAUCAGAAGCAGAAGGGACUCUUCUUCUCAGCAAGAGACGGUCAAUUGUGAGGCUCCAGAUUCCCCUUCAAAGCAGGCAGUUGGCUUCAGAUAUGACUAUGGAGAUCCUGGCUAUGUUAGGAUGGGCGGACCUGUUGACCCAGAAACAGACCAUAGCGUUCCUCACAUUUCUUUUCAGGCAGGCUCUCAAAGCCAGGGGAGACCCAGCUGUGAGGUAGACCCCAGGACCAGAGGUGUGGCUGAAAUACAUCCUGUGAUGAUGGAUACCCUUGAUGUGCCGGGUGCCGAGAUGGCUGGACAAAGGAGGAUAUCUGUUCCUGGGGAUGAUUCGACUCCGAGCUCCGGGCAAAAAUCCGGUGGGACUCCUGGGCCUCCACCUUCUACCCCUCAGCAGCCCAGUGAGGUAUCCAAGGAGAAACAGAUCAAACGGUUCUCCAAGAAGCUGAAAAGCAAGCUGGCGAAGGAGUUUUCACCUGCUACCCCCCCACCCACUCCUCACUAUCAGCCAGAGCCUGGCCCAGGGCCAAAAGACGUAACCCCCGAGGCAGACAAGGCUGAGUUCAUGCUCAAACUGAUGAGGUCUCUCUCUGAGGAGGCAGAUGGCAAUGAGGAUGAAGAGGAGGAAGAGUUGGCAGAAGAGGGUCGUGUUGGUGGCACUAACAGAUGUUCAGAGUCCGGGGGUGGCCGGCAUGAACCGCACCAGAUGUCAGCUCGCAGGAUGUCCAACAAGGAAGCUCUCCACUAUGCUGAGCGGUUGGCUUGCCACAUUGUCUCCAUGGCAACAGAGAUGGACACCCUGGGAGGGGCAGAGGAGGAUGGAGAGGCGAGCAAGGGCAGCGAGAGGAGGAGAGACAGCGUGGCUCAGUUCUCAGAGCAGACCCUGAACACCUUGUGGGUCUAUGCCGGGGAGGUGGCGGGAGAGGUCAUCAAUGAUGUGAAGAGGAUGGUGAGCUCUGCACAGCAGUGUCCAUAUCACAGAGAUCUCAGGAGAAGAAGCUUCGACAGAUCUAGUUCUGAAUGUUUGCAUCACCACCACCACCAACACCAGACUCAACCCAGUACAGACCAGAAUAGAGACUGGAAGGUAGGGAGGCUGGCGGAGCAAUGGUCAAACGACCUGAUAGCCUCCGUCUUCCGGUCUCCCACCUCCACUUCGAGCACCAUCUCCAGCUCCAGCUCUGGCCUGUCCUCUGAGUAUCCUAGCUGUGAGAGCGUGACCGAUGAAUAUGCGGGCUACCUUAUCAGGGUGCUGAAAAAGGAGGGAGGCAGUAGGGAGUUGGUGCUGGACCAGUAUGCGAGCCGUUUGGCCUACCGCUCCAUAAAACUGGGCUUGGCUCAUGCCAGUCGCAAGAUCAAGCAGAGAUCUUCCAGCACCCGCCUUCAAUCGUCCAAGUCGCUGCCGGAUGAAUGGAAAGCCUCUGGUUGUGAAGCAUCCUCGCCCAAGGACAGACCAGAGUCAGUGGUUUGUCCCUCAGGCAAGGAUGCUCAGUGUAGUUGCAAGGAGUCUGAAGAGCAGAGUCAGAGGGAGUACAUGGAUCUGGUCAACUUCGCAGAGUCUUUAGCCUACAACAUCACCUGUGAUGUCACACGCAAAAUGCAUCUUUCCUCUGCACGACUGCCCAAGUCUCUCACCGACUCCUGUCUGUACAGGAAAUCCAAACUGGAAGACAUGGCAGAGAAUCUCAUCAGGAACUCCUUCUCUUGCCCCCUGUUGUCCAAGGAGAGUAAGAGCAGGCAUUACCACAGCACAGGAAGCCUGUAUGAUGGAGGCUACAGGAGUCAGGUGAUGCAGGUCGUCGAGCAUUACGCCAGGAAAAUAGUCGAUGACACUCUGAAGAUGAGCCUGGCUUCGGUUGGACAUUCGACCCGGGAGCACCAGAGGACCCAAGGCCAGGACAGACACUCGCACACCCAGAGGUUGUCUGAAGGGCCAUCACUGGGCCACGCAGUGGUGGAGAGGACAUGCCGUUACUGUCAGGUCCAGGAGUGCCCGUACUGCACCAAACACAGCAGGCACCACCACCAGCCCGUACUACAGAGGAGCAAAAGGGGCCCAGAAUGUCAGGCAAGGGCUGAGCGGCUCUCCAGCCUGGAGAUUCCCAAGAUCCACAUCGACCUGGACCACAGGGCAGUGUUCGCUGGGGAGAUGGUGUCCAUGGCGAUGGACACAGCUAAACGUGAGCUGAGCAACACCAGCCUUAAUGCUGACAGUGGCAUCGGCCACGAUGGAACCAGCUACGCCGAGAGUCUAACCGCUGAAAUCAUGACGUCGGCCCUGUCCAACAUCUGCCAGACCGGCACCGCCAGCUGCCCUGGCAGGGAAGCCACCGAGUCCUCCGUGUCCCAGCAGCUGAGUGUAGGAGACGACAGCCUGGGCAGCUGGUCCAACCUGAGCUUUGAGGAUGAGCACCCAGACGACAACAGCAGCUUCCUCCACCUCAGUGACAGCAGCAAUGGGAACAGCAGUAGCUGGAGCAGUCUGGGCCUGGAGGGGGAGGCGUGUGAGGACCGCAUGUCGUUCUCUCCCUCUGACAGUGACCAUACAGAGGACAAGGAGACUGAGGUCAAAGAGGAAUCCAGCGGGACUCUCUGCGUGGACAGGACUCAGGUGCAGACUCCCAGGACCGCGCUGGUCGUAGUGAACUCGGACAUCAGGGAGUUCGGGCGCGGCCCUCAUCACGUGACCCUCGACCCCCAGCUCAGGAGCAUGCUGCAGUGGGCGGCGGCCUCCAUUGCAGACGUUCCCCUGAUCCAGCUGAGUCCCGACAGAGAGCUCCAGCAGCUCCCGGUGGUGGUCCAGAGGCUCCGGGAGAAGAAGUGGAGGGUGGGAGAGCUGCUGCACACGCUGCUGCGCUACUGCGAGGAGGGCCAGACGCACAGUCAGCCCGCGGCCAGAGACGAGGCACCGCAGGCGGGCAGGGAACCUCACCGCGUCCCCCUCUUCCAGUGGCUCCUGGAGCACGCCUAGGUCAUCGUCUCCUCUCCUGUCUCCUCCCUCCUCCCUCCUCUAUUCCUCAGUUCCAAACAGGGCUUUGCUAAACCUCCAC